AAGUCCUGAAAGCUCUUCCCCGCACUUCUGACAACCACCACAAUAUGGGAAACUGCUUCGGUCAGAAUCUUACUGAAGGCACUCACAGCGCCGUUCCGCACAAACCGAGCAAGAAAUGGCAGGAAACGAGACUGAAACGCCCAUCUCGCCGCAACUCGAGAUCCAUUGACAUAUCAAGCCACAUUGCUGACAGCGUGUAUGCAGCCUGUGCCUCAGACGCUCAAAAUCCUCGACCAGGAAUAGGUCUGAGACGCACGACUACCAACUACCCUUGGGCUUCUGGUGGCAGAUCAUCAGCCUCAAAUGGGUUGAUUGGCCGUCCUCUGGGUGGAUAAUAGUUGACAUUUAAAUAUUAUUUUUCAUGACUGUCAAUAUUUAUAUCCCGUUUUGAGCGUUACGAACUCCUUGAGGAAACUUCAUUGGUCGUUCCGAGUGCGUUUUAGAACUCGAUACACAUUCACACAAAUCUUCGGAAAUGGAGCGAGUUGUAGGAAACCACAGCGUAGUUUGUUCAGAUCUGUCAGAACAGAGGCUCGAAUCAUCUUGUGUCUGUAAAGCCCGCCCUAGCUUGAAACGGGAUCAAAAACCGAAAACAUCAGACCCAACAUAACCGUGUCGUCUUUGAGCGCACUUAUCUCAGAAUGGUACUGAGGCAACGGCACGCUCUCAGGCAAAGACCGGUGUUUUGUGAGAAAUCGCUUCCGUAGGUCAAAUGGUGGCUCUGUGGAGAGAUCUGCUCUCAGUUAGGCUUAUCUCAGGUAUCAGUAGAUCAUCACUCACUGUGAUGCUUGCUUAAAACAGCGUGGUGCCCGAGUGCUUCAGCUACUCGGGCGCCCGAUAAGCUAUUUUCAGAUGUGUAAAAUGAAUAUCAUCAGAAUCUCGCACGCAG